AAGGAAGCAGAAACCCUUGUUUGUGGUCUAAGGCAAAACGGACGGUGCGGAUAGGCCUCGCUCUCGCAUCUCAAUCGUCUCCACUCUCCUCUCUUCUCCAGCGUCCGAUCGCUCUCCAUUCUCACCGAUCCUUGCCUCUUUAAACUCGCGCCAAAUACGAAUUCAUUCCUUCCUCCCAGGGUUCCGGCGACGAUGGCUGAAGCUCCGGCCAGUCCAGGCGGUGGCAGCCAUGAGAGCGGUGAGCAUAGCCCUCGCUCUAAUGUCCGUGAGCAGGACAGGUUCCUUCCCAUCGCCAACAUCAGUCGAAUUAUGAAAAAGGCACUUCCUGCUAAUGGGAAAAUAGCCAAGGAUGCUAAGGAGACUGUGCAGGAGUGUGUUUCAGAGUUCAUCAGCUUUAUCACUAGCGAGGCGAGUGAUAAGUGUCAGAGAGAGAAGAGGAAGACGAUUAAUGGUGACGAUUUGCUCUGGGCGAUGGCAACUCUAGGUUUUGAGGAUUAUAUUGAUCCCCUGAAGAUUUACCUGGCCAGAUACAGAGAGAUGGAGGGUGAUACCAAGAGUUCUGCAAAAGGCGGAGAUGCAUCGGCCAAGAAAGAUGUUCAGCCAAGUCCUAAUGCUCAGCUUGCCCAUCAAGGUUCUUUUCCCCAAGGUGUUAAUUACGCAAAUUCUCAGGCUCAACAUAUGAUGGUUCCGACGCAGGGUCCGGAGUAGUCAUUGUUAAUCCGUCCAUCCGUUGUCAGUGGAGUUUCCACUAUUGAAAACGGAAAAAUCUCCGAUGUGUGAUUUUAAUUGCCAGUGGAGAUUUAUUUGGUGACUUCGUCUUUCUGAAUGAAUUUAAUAUUAUGUGAAUACUGACAUUAGGAGAUUGUGGUUCUCAUGUCCAGAUAAUUUUUAUUAAGGUUUGUAUAUUAUCUUUGGAGCAGUUUCACUAUUUCAAGUAGCUUUAUUGUAAAUCCUGGAACCAUGCAUGUUUGUCUGACUCCAUUAGGAAGCCUUGGUAUUAUUAACUCAGGAUUUUAUGUAACAGAUUGGAAAAAUAAUUUGCUAUAUUCUUUCCGUAUCACAUUGGAUGAA